AUGCCCACCUUCUCCCUCUCCCUCUCCCUCUCCCUCUCCCUCUCCCUCUCCCUCUCCCUCUCCCUCUCCCUCUCCCUCUCCUUCUCCCUCUCCCUCUCCUUCUCCCUCUCCCUCUCCUUCUCCCUCUCCCUCUCCCUCUCCUUCUCCCUCUCCUUCUCCCUCUCCUUCUCCCUCUCCUUCUCCCUCUCCUUCUCCCUCUCCUUCUCCCUCUCCUUCUCCCUCUCCUUCUCCCGCCUCCUCUCCUUGGCCCUUUCAAAAAUCUCAUCCCUCCCCUCCGUUUGA